ACGGAAGAACUGGGAAUUCAUGCGGAUGGAGAGGAAUACAUAAACGGAACAGUGUAUGUAUGUAUAGGUGCCGUGUCUUGAUGAGAUAUUUUCUCGUCCACAAAUCUCGGCACCAGAUGCCAAAAACCCUCAACCAUUACUUUCGUUCUUCAUUUUCUUCAGUGGGCUCUCCACUUCCGCUGUCCUAAUUCCUCGUCUGCAAUAGUUAGGUUAGUGGAAAAGUGAUGUAUUUUUCCCGAGAAAAUCAUGCGCCUUGAAGAAGAAGGAGAAAAGAAAUGACAGGGACUUUAACCCACUAAACGCGUUGAACGGAUCGAGAUGGGUGUUGCUGAUAGAAAAUUCCUCGCGACAACGACGGGGUCUUACUUCGAUUUCUCCGAUAAAGGUGGUCGCUUGAAGCGGUUUUUGUACGGAAACACUUUCUCGGUUCUCGAUCAUUUCUGGGUUUCCGUCUCCAAGUUCUUGUUCUUCCUUGUCGGGUUAAUGGGUUCGUUACCGAAUCUUGCUAGUGUUCGUUCUGACAACGAUAUCAGCUUGGUUGUGUCCGGGGAAGAAAAUUCAAGCUUUUCCUCUGGUUACAGAGAACAAGGCCUUGAUGGGUCAAGAUUUAACAUAAAGGAGGGAUGUUGUCACGACAAUGGAGAUCAUAUAGAGAAAGAGAAUGAGAGUUUAGAUUCCCCGCAAAGUUCUCUAGCUUCAAUCAGCAGGCGAUACGAGUUUUUCUCCGACAACAGUAUCAGGGGUUUUGCAGAAGAACCUAAAGCUUUAACCUUUGUUGUUCAUGAUCUCUACCUUGGUACAGACGAAGCUGAAGAGCCUCCUGCUGCUCCAGAAAAAACAGAGGGUUCGAUCGAGAGUUGCAUCGUGGAGAAAAUGUUGGGGAAAUCUGAUGAUUCAACUGAAAGUUUGUUUCUCACGGAAAAGGAUCCCGAGGAUUUCGAUACGGAACACGUGAAGGAAGAGAUGGUGGUUUAUGAGUUUAUGGGCUGUUGUGAUGUAAAAGAAGAAGAACCUAUUCACGAGAACAGUGCUGGUGGUGAAGAAGUUUGGAAGACAGCAAAACAAAGCUUGUCCGACGAUGAUGAUUUCAUAGAGCUGAGACCAGAAGUGGAGAUUUCGGACAUCGUUGAUGAAGAAGAGUUCAUCCAUAGAGAAGAAAUCAGCACGAGUUUCGAGGAACAUGAAGUGCAUAAUCUCGAUGAUGAUUCCGAUGAUGAUUUCGAUGAUGAUGAUGAUGAUGUGAUGGAAAGAUUGCAAAAGGAGCUAAGGAGCGCGAGAACAGGAGGGUUGGCCACCAUUCUUGAAGAAUCAGAGACUCCAUUGGAAGAUCCAAUAAAACCACUAAAGGUCGAUGCAGAGUUCGACCUCAAAGACAGAAUAUCAGAGAUUCACAAGGUCCACAAGAGCUAUACGGUUAAAAUGCGCAAGCUCGACGUCUUGGAUUCUCAGACAAUGCAUUCCAUCAAUCUGAUUAAGCUAAAAGAUUCUACUAAGCCGGGCAGACAUAGCAAAGAUUCGGAUUCCUCUGUUCGGGCAACUAAAUCGCCUCCAAGGCAGAACCUCUGGCCAUUCUUCAAGAAACAACAGCUCGGACAUGAUCCUGUGGAGAGGCUUGUAAAAGAUAUGGGUCGGGACUUUGAGACAGUAUACGUUGGGCAUCUCUGUCUUUCUUGGGAGAUACUCCACUGGCAAUACGUCAAAGUUCUGGAAUUUCAUCGGCGUGAUCCAGAAGGGACUCGUCAGUAUAAUGUAGUUGCAGGAGAAUUCCAGCUGUUUCAAGUUCUGGUGCAACGAUUUGUGGAGAGCGAGCCGUUUCAGAGCGGCUCCAGGACCGAGAACUACUUGAAGAACCGUCGAUGUUUUCAUAAUUUUCUUCAGGUUCCACUAGUCAGAGACGAUCAUUCCUCGAAGACUGACAAAUGCAGAAACCAAGGGGCGUUCGCUAUAACGAUCGAGGCGCUGAGAGAGAUCAUUCAAGAGUCGAUGCACGUCUUCUGGGAAUUCAUCAGUGCCGAAAGACAUGAAUUCAGUUCGAUCUCGAAGGUUUCUCACCAUACCCAAGUCUCUCCUCAAGACCCUCUAGACCUGGAGCUCCUGACAGAUAUCAGAACAAAUCUCCAAAAGAAGGAGAAGAAGGUAAAGGAAAUACUGAGAAGCCAAACCUGCAUAGUCAAGAACUUGAAGAAGAAGGAGAUGAAGAAGAGGGUGCCAUUGAAGGAGGAGAUGGUGAGAGCUCUGGUGGAGCUGAAGCUGGUUUCGAGAGUGACGAACAUGUCAAAACUGACUACUGGUCAGCUGGUUUGGUGUCAAGGGAAGCUGAACAAUAUCAACUUCAUUGGUCGGAGGAUUCACAUGGAACCUUCCUUCUCUCUGUUCCCUUGUUAGAACCGAACCAACUUCCACUUUGUGUCUGGUUAUUUAGUUAGGCAGUGACUGUCAGAGUAGUGGAUGCAUGUUUUUUAUGGGUUGAAAGAUUUUAUUAGGCUUUUGGAUCCAGGAAGAUGUUUUUGGAGAUUCCUGAGAGGAUAUAUCUGUAUAGAGAUGAUGAUGAUGGUGAUGAAAACUUGUCUAAUAUAUUGUCUCUAAGAAGUUAUUAUC